GGGUGGAAAGUUGCCUAUGAAAUAAAUGUGCAGAAGAUCUCCAGCUGAACACAAGUAAGGAGCAGAGACUGCAAACUGGCUGUUUGUGCACCAGGCUGGGAGUGAUUGUCAUUCUACUACACUAUAAGAUUUUAUUACACAAUAUUUUAAGAGACAAGCUAAAGGACUGUACACAAGCUACAACUAAAGAGAGGAUUUGCAAACGGAAAACCACUCUGCAAGGACUUGCUCUGACUUUGCAAUGCACUGCAGACUGUGCAACCUACACUAAAGGGACUUUGUACUUUGCCUGGGAUCUGUAAACGGGACACAACUCCUGAGCUGUCACCGUGCAGUGUGCAAAACUGGGCAGCCUGGAUCUAAAGAAAAUCGUCUCUAGCUGUAACUCCAGCAUGCAGAAUUAUAAAUAUGACAAAGCGAUGGUCCCAGAGACCAGGAAUGGAGGAAGCUCUGCUCUGAACAAUAACAAUGGGACUUCUGGCAACUGCAAGAGGGUGAUGCUCAUCUUACUGGAUAUAUUCUGCCUGAUAUUGGUCUGUCUUCCCAUAAUGGUCCUGAACACAUCUGCGUUCAAACCCUUCCAGCGUGGUUUUUUCUGCAAUGACGAAAGUAUCAGAUAUGAGAUAAAGAAAAGCACUGUAUCUGUGCCACUGCUUCUUAUAUUUGGGUUGUUGUUGGCGUUGGUUUCUAUAAUAGUUGGGGAAUUUUUCCGAAUUCAUUACUUGAAAGAGAAGUCUCAUUCAUUUAUCAAGAACCCGUAUGUUGCAGCUCUUUACAAGCAAGUUGGAUGCUUUAUAUUCGGUUGUGCAGUCAGCCAGUCCUUUACAGACAUUGCUAAAGUUUCUAUUGGUCGUUUACGUCCGCAUUUCCUGGCAGUUUGUGAUCCAGAUUUUACCUUAAUCAACUGUACUGCAGGUUAUAUUGAGAAUUACCAAUGCAGAGGAUUGCCAAGCAAAGUCAUGGAAGCCAGAAAAUCAUUUUUCUCCGGUCACGCCUCCUUUUCCAUGUAUACCAUGCUCUAUUUAGUGUUUUAUCUGCAGUCCCGUUUUACCUGGAAGGGCGCUCGCCUCUUACGCCCACUUCUGCAAUUCACUCUGCUCAUGAUGUCAUUUUACACAGGACUAUCUAGAGUGUCUGAUCACAAACACCACCCGUCUGACGUACUGGCAGGCUUUGCACAAGGGGCCCUGGUGGCUUAUUGCAUUGUCUUUUACGUGUCAGACCUCUUCAAGACUCAAAAGAAAACCUGCGUACCACCACCAAUCAGAAGAGAAGUUCACUCACCUGUGGAUAUUAUUGAUAGAAACAGUCACUUAAAUAUUGUGUGAAAAUUCAGUGCUGAUUGCAGAACAUCUGCUCAGUACCUGCUGCUCUUAAAUCUCAUCAGACAGUAGAAUGUAGGGAGGAAACUGUUUACCCAACCAAAAAAUACAAAUAAAAAAAGAAUAUGUCCACUAUGAGGCCUUCACAUUGCAAGUGCGCAUACUAUUGGUGGUAUACAGAGAAAUCCGGAAACAAAAAAACAAGAAAUGAAUGAGAUACACAACAUCAGCAUUCAGGAUGUGCAAUUGGUUGUUUGAUGUUCAUGUUCUAGUGAGCACAUUUUAGUUCAUAUAUUUAUGAACGCUAAAUCGUUACUCUUUUAUUUUAUUUGUCUUUUUUUUUUCUUAAAAGGGAGGGGGGGUCACUUUUUUUUAAAUAGAGUUCUUGCCUUGUGGGAAUGCUUACAAUAAACAAUAGCACUAUAUCAUUGGAUAGAAAGAGCACUGAAUAGGAUUUACGAUUAGUUUUUUUCAUAGCAUCCCUAUGGUUUUUAUAUUUCCCAGCCUAGUCAUUGAUACAAUAUAUUUUGACAAUUUUUCUCAUUUAUAUUUGUAUACUGUUUUAUACAAAUUUACACAACAGGAUUUCACCAACACCACCCUCCCUCGCACCAAACAAGGACUGUUUAAUAAAUGCCCAUCCUGCAUGUCCCCUUAUUUGACGCUCAGCCCAUCAGAAUGGGGCAAGGUCUUUGGAAGAGACAUUUGGCAGCAGUGUGUUUUUACUGCAUUUCUUUAGCACCCACUGAAGGAGUUUGACGUGGAAAGCAUUAAUGGUCUGAUUCUAAGCACUAUGAAUUUGGGGUUGAUUCCCAAUGGACAUUAUUAAUUCAACGAUUUGGAUAUGGACCGCUGGACGGAACAUCCAAAUACAGAGAUCCACUGUGGUUUGUUCAGUCUAAUCGUCUGGGAUAAGAAUUCAUCAACAACAAAAAAAGCCAUAGCAAUUCAAAAAGGAAGCAUUACUAUUUCACAAUAUGAAAUAAUUUGUGAAAAACAAAACAAUAGAUGGAUUUUGUAAUGAAAACAAAAUAAAGGGCUAUAUCUAAAAGGGAUUGAAAAGAUAAAUUGAUCAUUUGCACAUCAUUAUUAUGAGAGAACCCGUCCUACCAUUUCAACUAUAGCAAGCUAUGAUUUUUAUAUAUAAAUAUAUAUUAUAAAUAAUGUAUAAAACAUUAAAAAUUAACUAUGUAAAAUAUUAUUUCUGAAAACAAUUUUAGAUAUAUCCACUAUGAUCAUAAACUGUGUCGUGUCCUGUGUUUAUUUUGGCGCAUAAAAAAAUACCAGUUUAAUUUUUGUAUAGUCAAGUAAAAUUUUGUAGAUCUGUGGUAGUCAUUUCACUAUUAAAACUACAAUUAGAGACAAUUGUAUAAAAAUUAUAUAAAUCAUCAGUAUUUUUGUAAUGUUUCAUUUUGUAAAAAAAAGCAAUAUUAUUGGAAUAAUUUUGUAGAAUACAAUGUAAAGCUUGUUUUUGCAAAAUUGCUGUACAAAGUGGCUUUUAUAAAUUAAAGGAAAUAACAUCAA